AGCGUUUGGAUGGCGCUUCUCAGAUUGAAGGCGGCCUCUGGAGCCCCGAGAGGCAUCAGAGGCGUUAGCGCUAGAGCCUCAAGGAUCCAAAGAGGCCAAAGCUUUUGUAAACGCCUUCCUGAAGCGCAGUAUGCCGAAAAUGAAAGACGAAGUUAUCCAGGACAUGUUAACUCGGAAAGCUGUAGUUCUUGAGCAUGGAAAGAGAAAGAAAACAAAAGGUUUUACCGCCAAGCAAAGGCGAGAAUUGCGGCUCUUUGAAAUUGAACCCGAACAGCGAAGAUAUGCAAUCUUUCUACCACUGCAUGAACUCUGGAAACAGUAUAUCAGAGACCUAUGUUACGGACUUAAACCAGAUGCGCAACCACAGAUGAUUCAGGGCAAACUGUUAAAAGCUGAUCUCCAUGGAGCUAUUGUUACAGUAACAAAAUCCAAGUGCCCCUCUUAUGUUGGGAUAACAGGAAUCAUUCUACAGGAAAUGAAGCACGUCUUCAAAAUUAUCACUAAAGAGGACAAAUUAAAAGUUGUUCCCAAACUGAACAAUGUAUUCAGCUUGGAGAUUGAUGGAUUUAUUUCCUACAUCUAUGGAAGCAAGUUCCAGCUUAGAGCAAGUGAGCGAUCUGCAAAAAAGUUCAAGUUGAAAGGAACUAUUGACCUAUGAUUUCAUGGAAAUUCAGACGUGUUAUUAAAACAUAUCUGCUGCUUUCCUGCAGCUUAAAGACCAGGUUUUCUGGCAGAUUGAAAAUGAAAUGAGUGAUAAUGUGUGAAGGUUUUCUAAAGCAUUUCUUCAUACUGAAGAAUGACUACAACCUGUUUUGUCUUAAACUGCAGCGGUCAGACUGCUUUGUAGUGGCAUCUGCUUUGUUACAUGUAUAUAACAUUCUGAUCAUCAUUAAACUGUUAUGAUUAGUACGGAUUACUUGACUAUGGAUUUCCUGACUUCUGUCUCAAUUAAUGGUUUUUACACAAUGAAAAUCAAUUCCAUCUUAUGACUUUAUCGUUCCCUUCUGUGUAAAUUGGGCUGUAUUUUAUAAGCUGGUAAGGCGACGAAGUGACAAAAACUACUUCUCUAUGAUCACUGUUCCCAGGUUGACAUUAACAUCUUUGCCUAGUGCAAGCAUAUGCAAGUAAGUUAUUUCAGCUAAUAAGCUUUACCUUGAAUAUCUCCUUCCCCAUAGUUAAUCAUGUUAAGCUAUGUAGAUG